AUGGUUUAUCUACCUCACCUCAGCGGGGCUGAGUCGGUGGUGAUGGUCGGCAUUUCAGGGGGGCGGAAAUCACGAUGGGAUGACCAGCCACUAAGAGAGACGACAAAAAGCCUAUGUGGGCAUUCUGUGCGAGAGAGAUGAUCUUAUUCUGAUAUGCACAGUAGAUCAGUGGUUGUUCUAGGAAUUGUGGCUGAGGUUGCUCGGACAGCGUGGGAGAUUGCGGUUGAAGGUGGGGAACACGUCGUCCUACACAGCCACGAGAGGAUCGAUACAGUGCUGCAUGAUCUCAUUAUUUUAUUACUUGCAGCUGUUCAUUCGUCAUUGUAUGCGUCAGUCAUGCUAUCUAUCAAAGGAUAUUUUUGUCAGAUACAUGCAAAAGAUUCGCAUCGUCAGCAAUUUCAUUUCUCCUUAUCGAUAAGCAAGCAGCAUUGGUGGGCUUGAGUUCUUCUUUCCCGGUAAAUUUCAGAAAUUAGAGA